AUGGCUGGUACAGAAGUUGCUGAGACUGUUGUGGUGUUCAAGCGCCCACCAUGGCUGAAGCAUCCUAACAAGUGGGGACAGAACUGUGACCAUGACUGUGAGGACGCUGUCAAUACCUAUAUUCACCUGUAGCUCUCUGCCUCCUAUGUGUACUUAUCUAUGGCCUUCUACUUCAACUGUGAUGACGUGGGCCAAGGGAACUUGAAGCAUUUCUUCUUGAACAAGUCACAAGACUGCAAGGCCAGUGCCGAGAUGUUCAUGUUCAUACAGAAUCAGGGUGGAGGCUGCACGUUCCUUUGUGACAUCUCAGGACCAGACCGCGACAGUUGGCAUGGGGGCAUCCAGGCUAUGGAGUACACCUUCCACAUGGAGAUGAUCAUCAAUCAGAGCCUGCUGAACAUGCAUGCAUUGGUCAAGGGAAGAAGCAAUGCAGACCUCUGCUACUUCCUGGAGCAAUGCUGUCUGAAACAGCAGGUCCAAGUUCUGAAGGAGGUGAGAAGCUAUCUGACCAAUUUGUGGCGCAUGGGGGCCCCAGAGAACCACGUGGCUGAGUACCUCUUGGAAAAGCUCAGCCUGUCCUAA